UAAUACUAAUAUACUAUAUAGGCAAAAUUCAUGCAUUCUUGGUUCAUAGAAUUGGAUUAAACAAUACUUUGGCUCCCUCCAUAACCCCAAGCAAAAACCCUUGUGAAACCCAGACUUGUGUACCUUUCAAAACCACCAUAUCAGCUUAAACAAACACCGGAAAAUGAUUCUCACCGCCACAACCAUUCUCCGCAAAACCCCUCUUUUCCUCCCCCGCUCCUCAAUUCUCUCUCCUCCCCGCAACUUCACCUCCAUUUCACCAAACCCACUUCAAAGUUUCAACUCAAUUUUCAGUAAUAGGCAGUUGGGGUUUCCUGGGUUGACAAAGAAACAAAUGGGUCAAGGUUAUUCUCGGGUUUCCGCGAUUUCCGGAGGUGGUUCCGGCGGUUCGUCUGGUGGUAAUGACGGCGGAGUGUUUGGCGGGUCCAGUGAUGACGGUGCUGGUGGUGAAGGUGAUGGCGGGAAUCAGUCUAAAUGGGGUUUGUUUGCAUGGUACAUGGACCUUCUAGUGAAGUCUCCUGUCUUGACAAAAUCUGUGACUUCCGCAUUGUUAAACUUGGUUGGAGACUUGAUCUGUCAGCUUGCUAUAGAUAAAGUGGCGUCUCCGGAUUACAAAAGGACCUUCACGUUCACCUUUUUAGGACUGGUUUUGGUGGGUCCGACACUGCAUUAUUGGUAUUUAUAUCUUAGUAAACUGGUCACGGUACCUGGAGCUUCUGGUGUCUUCCUGCGUCUUAUACUUGAUCAGUUCUUCUUUGCACCUAUCUUUAUUGGAACUUUUCUCUCCACGCUGAUCACAUUGGAAGGAAGGCCUUCGCAAGUUGUCCCGAAGCUUCGACAGGAAUGGUUUUCAUCUGUGAUUGCUAACUGGAAAUUGUGGAUACCGUUCCAGCUUCUGAACUUCGGUUUUGUUCCUCAGCAGUUCCAGGUUCUAGCGUCCAAUUUUGUUGCUGUAAUAUGGAAUGUGAUAUUAUCGUUUAAAGCUCAUACAGCGGUUGUCACAAAAUAAGUUCAGAAAGCGUUCACACUUAAUUAGGUUAUGUGAUGAACUGAUGAUACACACACUGCAAAAUGAAUAGCUUCAUUUUCCUGAAGCUGGUGCCCCUGGAUUGUACACAAGCUGUUUUUACAUUGCUAUUCACGAUCACUUACUGAAAAUCGCAAAACUAUAUCUUUUACUUUCAUCUGAAUCGGCGGAUGGGUAGCAAUGUGUAAAGGAAGUUGUUUCCAAUUUUGCCCUGCAACUUUCCCUCCCACCACCUCUCUGGGUUGCUGCAGAACAUUGGAGAAGUGUGGAGGGUCUGUCUUACCAUUCAUUCUCCUGGUGCCCAGAAAAAGUAUGGCACAUUUUUAUGAUGUUCUUGAUUAAACAGAAAUGUGUAAUAUCUCUUGACUUCAUUCUUUAAUUUAGCCCCACAUUUUGAUGA